AUGGCAACAGUCGAUGUUGAGACCCGCACCAAGGGCCAGCUCACUCCAUCGCGAGAAAGAGUCGAGCCUGGCUCAUUCAACAUUCCUCUUGGCACUUUCCCACAAACAUGCUCUGAGACCCCCAAGGACCCUGACAAGAUUGCAAACUCUGUGACCGAUCAACUAAACAGCGCACUUGGCGAGAAAGAUAGUAACGCUGUGUCGGAGCUGUUUAUCGAAAACAGCUACUGGCGCGACCACCUGUGCUUAUCCUGGGAUUUCCGGACUCUCAAGGGACGCGAUGCAAUCGCCAAAUUUGUGACCGAAAGCUCCUCGACUAUCAAGACCGAGGUUGAUCGCUCAUCAGCUUUCAGAACACCCCAUAAUGGACCCAUUGAUGCAUAUGGCGAGGUCCAUGGCAUUGAGUUCUUCGUCAAUGUCACCUCCACCUUUGGGCAUGGCCAAGGUGUAAUCAGAUUAGCACAGCAGGGAAGCGAGUGGAAGAUAUUUACCGUGUUUACGUCGCUGGAAGAGUUAACUGGCCAUGGCGAAGCAGUCACCAACAGCAGACCGGCCGGUGUGCAGCACGGGGGACAACUAGGAAGGACGAACUGGAAAGAGCGUCGCAUUCUAGACGAAAAAUUCGAGGAAAAGCAGCCCUCGGUCCUUGUAGUCGGGGCUGGCCAAGGCGGUCUCACUAUCGCAGCACGUCUGAAGAUGCUCAACGUCGACACUUUGGUCAUUGAUCAUGAAGAUCAAAUUGGAGACAGCUGGCGGCACAGAUACCACCAGCUCGUCCUCCACGACCCAGUCUGGUUCGACCACAUGCCCUACAUACCGUUCCCGUCCACCUGGCCAAUUUUCACGCCUAAAGACAAAUUGGCCGACUUUUUCGAGUCUUACGUCAAACUCCUAGAGCUAAAUGUCUGGACUCGGACCGAGCUCAAGUCUUCAUCGUGGAAUGAGACCAAGAAAGAAUGGACUGUCGUGCUUGAGCGUAAGAAGGUAGACGGUACCACCGAGACUCGUACACUACACCCGCGCCAUGUCAUCCAGGCGACCGGACAUUCUGGCAAGAAGAAUGCACCUACUUUCAAAGGAAUGGAGAAUUUCAAGGGCGAUCGCAUCUGCCACAGUUCCGAAUUUCCCGGUGCAAACCCAGGCUCGUCUGGUAAGAAAGCUAUCGUGAUCGGAUCCUGCAACUCAGGACACGACAUCGCGCAGGACUUUUUCGAAAAGGGAUACCAUGUUACAAUGGUCCAGCGGAGCUCAACCUGUGUUGUUUCAUCCCAAUCUAUCACGGAUAUCGGCUUGAAAGGCCUUUAUGAAGAAUCCGGACCCCCGACCGAGGAUGCAGAUUUGUAUCUGUGGAGCAUCCCUCCGGAAUUAUUCAAAACCCAACAGGUCAAAGUUACAAGAGUCAUGAACCAGAAUGACGCAAAGACCAUCGAGGGUCUGGAGAAAGCAGGAUUCAAGGUUGACCGUGGACCCAUGGACUGUGGUCUUCUGACUAAGUACCUGCAGCGCGGUGGUGGCUAUUAUAUCGACGUAGGUGCGAGCCAGCUGAUUGUUGACGGCAAAAUCAAGGUAAAGCAGGGACAAGAGAUCAGCGAGGUUUUGCCUCAUGGUCUUCGAUUCGCAGACGGAUCGGAGCUGGAGGGUGACGAAAUUGUUUUUGCGACAGGUUACCAGAAUAUGAGGACGCAGGCGAGACUUAUCUUUGGUGAUGAGGUUGCCGAUCGUGUUAGCGAUGUUUGGGGCCUGGAUGCGGAGGGUGAGAUGCGAACCAUCUGGCGCAAGAGUGGUCAUCCUGGGUUCUGGUUCAUGGGCGGAAAUCUUGCGCUGUGUAGAUAUUAUUCUCGUCUGCUGGCGUUGCAGAUUAAGGCGCUGGAAAUGGGCGCUGCAAAGUAUUAG